AUGAUUGGGAGGAACGUGGAGCGACACCUCAUGGUGAAGAUUAAGACUGAACAUGAGGAUCUGACGCCCACCAGAAGCUCCAGUAAUCAGCAAACGUCCUCUGGUACUGUCAGCAUUAACACCUCUCUCAGUCCCACACAGGAAGAAGGAAACGUCUGCUCACAGUGUGGGAAGAGCUUUAGAUUCCAGAGUGGUCUCAAGGAACACCAGCGCAUUCACACUGGAGAAAAACCAUAUCAGUGCUCUCAGUGUGGGAAGAGCUUUAAUACACAUAGUGAUCUCAAAAAACACCAGCGCAUUCACACUGGAGAGAAACCGUAUCAGUGCUCACAGUGUGAGAAGAGUUUUAAUCAACAGAGCAAUCUCAAAAUACACCAGCGCAUUCACACUGGAGAAAAACCAUAUCAGUGCUCACAGUGUGGGAAGUGUUUUAAUUGUCAGAGUGAUCUCAAAAAACACCAGCGCAUUCACACUGGAGAGAAACCGUAUCAGUGCUCACAGUGUGUGAAGAGUUUUAAUCAACAGAGCAAUCUCAAAAUACACCAGCGCAUUCACACUGGAGAGAAACCGUAUCAGUGCUCACAGUGUGGGAAGAGUUUUAAUCAACAGGGUGAUCUCAAAAUACACCAGCGCAUUCACACUGGAGAGAAACCGUAUCAGUGCUCACAGUGUGGGAGGAGUUUUAAUCGCCAGAGUCAUCUCAAAGAACACCAGCGCAUUCACACUGGAGAGAAACCGUAUCAGUGCUCACAGUGUGGGAGGAGUUUUAAUCGCCAGAGUAAUCUCAAAGAACACCAGCGCAUUCACACUGAAGAGAAACCAUAUCAGUGCUCACAGUGUGGAAAAAGUUUUAAUCAACAGAGUGAUCUCAAAAAACACCAGCGCAAUCACACUGGAGAGAAGCCAUAUCUGUGCUUACAAUGUAAGAAGAGUUUUAAUCGCCAGAGUCGUCUCAAAGAACACCAGCGCAUUCACACUGGAGAAAAACCGUAUCAGUGUUCACAGUGUGGGAAGAGUUUUAAUCAACAGAGUUAUCUCAAAAUACACCAGCGCAUUCACACUGGAGAAAAACCCUAUCUGUGCUUACAGUGUGGGAAGAGUUUUAAUCAACAAAGUAAUCUCACAAUACACCAGCGCAUUCACACUGGAGAGAAACCGUAUCCGUGCUCUCAGUGUGGGAAGAGUUUUAGGUACCAGAGUGAUCUCAAAAUACACCAGCGCAUUCACACUGGAGAGAAACCAUAUCAGUGCUCACAGUGUGGGAAGAGUUUUAAAACACUGAGUCAUCUCAAAAGACACCAGCACAUUCACACUGGAGAGAAACUAUAUCAGUGCUCACAGUGUGGGAAGAGUUUUAAUUGUCAGAGUAAUCUGAAGAAACACCAGCGCAUUCACACUGGAGAGAAACCAUAUCAGUGCUCACAGUGUGGGAAGAGUUUUAAUUGUCACAGUAAUCUGAAAAUACACCAGCGCAUUCACACUGGAGAGAAACUAUAUCAGUGCUCACAGUGUGGAAAGAGUUUUAAUUGUCACAGUAAUCUGAAAAUACACCAGCGCAUUCACACUGGAGAGAAACUGUAUCAGUGCUCACAAUGUGGAAAGAGGUUUAAUCAACAGAGUAAUCUCAAAAUACACCAGCGCAUUCACACUGGAGAGAAACUGUAUCAGUGCUCACAAUGUGGAAAGAGUUUUUAUACACAGAGUCAUCUCAAAAUACACCAGCGCAUUCACACUGGAGAGAAACCGCAUCAGUGCUCACAGUGUGGAAAGGGUUUUAAUACACAAAGUAAUCUUAAAAAACACCAGCGCAUUCACACUGUAGAGAAACCAUAUCAGUGCUCACAGUGUGGAAAGAGUUUUAAUCAUCAGAGUUAUUUACAGGAACACCAGCGCAUUCACACUGGAGAAAAACCAUAUCAGUGCUCUCAGUGUGGGAAGAGCUUUAAUACACAUAGUGAUCUCAAAAAACACCAGCGCAUUCACACUGGAGAGAAACCGUAUCAGUGCUCACAGUGUGAGAAGAGUUUUAAUCAACAGAGCAAUCUCAAAAUACACCAGCGCAUUCACACUGGAGAAAAACCAUAUCAGUGCUCACAGUGUGGGAAGUGUUUUAAUUGUCAGAGUGAUCUCAAAAAACACCAGCGCAUUCACACUGGAGAGAAACCGUAUCAGUGCUCACAGUGUGUGAAGAGUUUUAAUCAACAGAGCAAUCUCAAAAUACACCAGCGCAUUCACACUGGAGAGAAACCGUAUCAGUGCUCACAGUGUGGGAAGAGUUUUAAUCAACAGGGUGAUCUCAAAAUACACCAGCGCAUUCACACUGGAGAGAAACCGUAUCAGUGCUCACAGUGUGGGAGGAGUUUUAAUCGCCAGAGUCAUCUCAAAGAACACCAGCGCAUUCACACUGGAGAGAAACCGUAUCAGUGCUCACAGUGUGGGAGGAGUUUUAAUCGCCAGAGUAAUCUCAAAGAACACCAGCGCAUUCACACUGAAGAGAAACCAUAUCAGUGCUCACAGUGUGGAAAAAGUUUUAAUCAACAGAGUGAUCUCAAAAAACACCAGCGCAAUCACACUGGAGAGAAGCCAUAUCUGUGCUUACAAUGUAAGAAGAGUUUUAAUCGCCAGAGUCGUCUCAAAGAACACCAGCGCAUUCACACUGGAGAAAAACCGUAUCAGUGUUCACAGUGUGGGAAGAGUUUUAAUCAACAGAGUUAUCUCAAAAUACACCAGCGCAUUCACACUGGAGAAAAACCCUAUCUGUGCUUACAGUGUGGGAAGAGUUUUAAUCAACAAAGUAAUCUCACAAUACACCAGCGCAUUCACACUGGACAGAAAUCGUAUCAGGCUGUCGAAUGUGGGAAGAGCUUCAGGUUGCAGAGGGAACUUAAAAUACACCAGCACAUUCACACUGGAGAGAAACCGUAUCCGUGCUCUCAGUGUGGGAAGAGUUUUAGGUACCAGAGUGAUCUCAAAAUACACCAGCGCAUUCACACUGGAGAGAAACCAUAUCAGUGCUCACAGUGUGGGAAGAGUUUUAAAACACUGAGUCAUCUCAAAAGACACCAGCACAUUCACACUGGAGAAAAACUAUAUCAGUGCUCACAGUGUGGGAAGAGUUUUAAUUGUCAGAGUAAUCUGAAAAAACACCAGCGCAUUCACACUGGAGAGAAACCAUAUCAGUGCUCACAGUGUGGGAAGAGUUUUAAUUGUCACAGUAAUCUGAAAAUACACCAGCGCAUUCACACUGGAGAGAAACUAUAUCAGUGCUCACAGUGUGGAAAGAGUUUUAAUUGUCACAGUAAUCUGAAAAUACACCAGCGCAUUCACACUGGAGAGAAACUGUAUCAGUGCUCACAAUGUGGAAAGAGAGUUUUUAUACACAGUCAUCUCAAAAUACACCAGCGCAUUCACACUGGAGAGAAACCGCAUCAGUGCUCACAGUGUGGAAAGGGUUUUAAUACACAAAGUAAUCUUAAAAAACACCAGCGCAUUCACACUGUAGAGAAACCAUAUCAGUGCUCACAGUGUGGAAAGAGUUUUAAUCAUCAGAGUGCUCUCAGAAGGCACAAGCGCAUUCACACUGGAGAGAAGCCAUAUCUGUGCUUACAAUGUGCAAAGAGUUUUAAUUGCGAUAGUCGUCUCAUAGAACACCAGCGCAUUCACACUGGAGAGAAACCAUAUCAGUGCUCACAGUGUGGGAAGAGUUUUAAUCAAGGCAAGCAGUAGCCUAGUGGUUAAGGUACUGGACUAGUAACCAGAAGGUCGCUGGUUCAAGCCCCACCACUGCCAGGUUGCUGCUGUUGGGCCCUUGAGCAAGGCCCUUAACCCUCAAUUGCUCAGACUGUAUACUGUAAUGUAAGUCGCUUUGGAUAAAGGCGUCUGCUAAAUGCGUAAAAUGUAAAUGUAAUCAACAGAGUUAUCUCAAAAUACACCAGCGCAUUCACACUGGAGAAAAACCCUAUCAGUGCUCACAGUGUGGGAAGAGUUGUAAUCAACAAAGUAAUCUCACAAUACACC